AUGCGGACGACCACUUGGACGGCUCUGGUCCUUGCCGUGCGCGGCGCGCUCGCGUUACCCCAGGCGGCGACUUCACCCAGUACGAGCGCCGCCGUCACUGAAGCGACGACUCGGACGUCUCCGGCUAGCGCCAGUACGACCUCGACAUUCUCAGCUCCGGUCGCGGUGACCACUGUCGCGUCGUUGACGGUGUCGCCGGUAUCGGUCUCGACCGUCGUAGCAAGUCCGACUGCCGCGGCAGAUGCGACGCUACCGAGUCAACAGCCGCUGCCUCCGGCCCAGCCGUGGUGUCCUAGCGAGAUAUUUUGCGCUGGACAGCUCCUGCAAACGGUCAACCUAGCCCAACUGUACACCGACCCGAAAACAUUCGUCGACAAACCAACCAUAGCCGAAUCUUCCCAGGCUGUCCUCCAAGCUUUUGCCUCGCUAAACAGCACCAACGCCACUGAAGGCGCCAUCACGAACUUUGUCAACACGAACUUUGCCGGUGAAGGUCAAGAGCUCGAGGCGCUUGUUCUGGGCGACGAGUUCAACGCUUCGCCGGCGUUCUUGGAUAAUGUCACGGACCCGCUCGUCAGGUCCUGGGUGCAGAUUGUCAACGGAUACUGGACUUCGCUUAUUCGUACCACCAACCAAUCCUUGAUCUGCGACGGCACGAGCUGCUCCAGCACGUUCAUCCCGCUCAACCACAGCUUCGUCAUUCCGGGCGGCAGGUUCAGGGAGCAGUAUUACUGGGACUCCUUCUGGAUCGUGGAGGGACUAUUGCAAAGCGAGCUGUAUAGCGUCGUCAAUGGGACGCUGCAGAACUUCAUGGACGAGUUGGAGUUGUACGGCUUCAUCCCGAAUGGAGGGAGGACGUAUUACCUGGACCGGUCACAGCCGCCGUUGUUCACUUGGAUGCUCUCAAACUAUGUUGAUGCCACGAACGACACGUCUAUUCUGGACCGUGCCUUACCUUUGGUUGAGCGCGAGCUCUCCUUCUGGAACACUAACCGGUCAACAACCGUGACAAGCCCCUCGACGAACGCGACUUAUGCCGUCUACCGCUACGCUGUGAACAACACCGCACCGCGUCCCGAAUCCUACCUCACAGACUACAACACCGCCUUCGACCCUACCCUGCCGUCUUUGGAUGAGAGCCAGCGGUCGGAGCUGUACGCCGAGCUCGCAUCGGGCGCGGAGACGGGUUGGGACUACUCCACACGCUUCAUCAAGGAGCCGCUCGUUGGCGGUCUGAACGGGACGAACCAGGCCUUGCGCGCGCUGAAUAUCCGGGCGCACGUGCCGGUUGAUCUUAACAGCAUCCUCUACAAGGUCCACUCGCUUCUGGCCAACCUCUACGAACGCUCCGGCUCGACAAGGAACGCUACGCGCGUAUCUGAGCUCUGCGACCAAGCCGAGAACCUGCGCUCUGCUAUCCUCGACCUCAACUGGAACCCCGCGAAGCUUGCCUUCUACGACUUCAACACGACCUCCAACGCGCAAAACGACAUCUUCAGCGCGGCCACGUUCUACCCUCUCUGGGCGGGCAUCGUCCCCGAUGAGCUACUAAGCAACGAUACUGCAGCAUUCGGCUUCUUCUCAAGUGUCAACUUGGUACUCAGCCGGUAUAAUGGUACCUACCCGACUACAUUCUACGAGAGCGGAUUACAGUGGGAUGCACCAAAUGCUUGGCCGCCGCAUCAGUAUAUCACGCUUCAAGCCCUCCGCGCUCUCCCCUCGAACGUCACCUCCACACCUCUCCCGACACCUCCCUCCGACGGCUCGACAUACGCCCUAAUCCCCUCCGGCCAGCUCGGCCUAGACGAGUCCGCGCUGCCACCCCAGCCCGUCUCUACCACCGCCAACGCGAGCCUGACGGGUACGGGCGCCGACAUCAACAUCGUCAAUGGAACCCUCGUCAACGGCGGAAACUCGACGGAGGGCGAAGGGUGGAGGGAUACACUUCUGAAGGGCCUGGCCAACCGGUACAUCACGAGCGCGCUGUGCAGUUGGUACAGCACCGGCGGAAGCAUCCCGGGCUUCCUCGACCGUCUUCCCGACGCCGCGCUCAACGUUAGCGGGAGCAUCAACAACACCGGAAACAUGUUCGAGAAGUUCAGUAUUACCGAUAUUGAUAUCGGAGGAUCCGGUGGAGAGUAUACCGUCCAGGCCGGUUUCGGAUGGACGAACGGUGUCGUGCUGUGGGCAGCGAGCCAAUUCGGGUCCGAACUUGUUGCACCGAACUGCCCCAAUCCGCUCGACGAAGCGACGAGCCCGGCCGCCACCUCUUCCGUUUCAACUAGCGCCAGUGCGACGGGGAGUGCAGCGUCGAGCACAUCGACGAGCAAUACACAGAGUGGGUUGGGCGUGCCGAAUGCGGAAAGUAGUGGAUUCGCGGUGGCGGGUGUUGCUGCGUUGGUUGCACUUAUCAUGAUUUAA